CUCUCACACACACACACACACACACAAACCUUCAAUAAUAUUUUCCUCCUCCUCCUUCUUUGCUACCCUAAGGCGGGGUUCCCACUAUUCAGUCUUGACGGAUCCGUCGAUGUUAAUGACGUCAAAAUGACGUCAGCGAAACAGAGGCCGCCCGUCAGGGAUGAUCCACUCCGUCAGUCCAUCGCUCAUCAUUUGUUGACAAACAUAUGGACAGCAUUAACCACAACGACUUAUUGUACAUGUUAUUUUGUAGCUAAGUACUUCUAUUUCAUAUUUUCAUGAUAUGUCGAAUAUUCAACAUCAAUGGACUGGCACCACCACCGCCGUUACGGACCCAAAAGUUAACCUGAGUUCAUCUCUGGACGGGCUCCGCGCGGGGCCCGGGCUCCGUUGAUGACGUCACAGACGGUCGACAGAUCCGUGAAAACGGAAUAGUGGGGGCCCCGCCUAAGUCACCUUUACCUUCUAAUCCUUCCGUUAAGCCUCAGGUCAAGUCAUUACCGGCUUAGGUUUGACUUUCCGAAGGUGAUGGGAACUGUUACUUGAUUUCUUUGACUCGUGCAGCAGUUUUCGAAAAGUGUUUAUCAACAAAUUUCAGUAGUUAUUUUACUUAUUCUCUUGGAUAUUUUUCAUCGUAGACAAUAAAGCAACCAUUUGCGGUGAGGACUGAGCGUCUCAUAACACAACUCUGACAGUACUUGAUCACAUAAUACAUGAUCAAUGAAAGCGCUCCUACCUAUCCACAACUGCCAUGCUGUCAAUAAACCAAUCAACUGCACUGGACUGUCAGGCUCCAGGUGGCUCCUCCUAAAACGGGGGGGACUCUCGCCAUCCAAGCCCGAGAAGACUUAUAACAUCGUAUCCUCAACCUUCAUGGCCCAAUUGCCAUCACCAUUAUUACUUUUCAUUUUGUAAAUUUGUUAAUAUUGUUACGCCACACCCGGUCGACCAACACCAGGGUGAAUAGCACACCCACAGGCAGGCAGCGUAAGUAACACGGGGUAGUGAAACAGAACGGCUCGGAGCAGACAUCGACAGGACGCCACGGGCCGCUGGGCUGGCCAGACCAAGGAAGAAGGCUACACUCACGUGUGCAGACAAGGCGACAGGAUGCAGGGAGGCCACUGGCAAGCUUCUUUCAGUUCAUAGUGUACGGUGUCACCAUGCUGAGUAUGACGGUGCUCUCCAAUAGCUUUUUGGCGCACUUCGUUCUUUCCUUCUUCGAGCUGCCGAGCAACCUCAUCGGCUGCGUCGUCACCCACUACCUCGGGCGACGCUUCAUGGCUUUUUCCAACUUCCUACUGCUGGCCCUGUGCUGUCUUGCUGCUCCCUUCUGCACCCACAGCGAGUGGGUGCUGCUGACGGUAGUAGGAUUUGCCAAGCUGUUUUCAACCUCUGCCCUGUACGUUGCGUACUUGAUGACACCUGAGGUACUCCCUACCCCUAUCAGGACUUCAGGUAUGGGCACCUUCGUCGUGUUCGGGAUGCUGGGAAUGGUCGUGGCGCCUCAUGUUCUUCACUCUGGGCUUGGAGAGGCGGGCCAUUAUUGGAUAUUGCUGGCUUUGACGGGGGCCUCUGCGCUCACUAUGAUCCCCCUGCCUGAAACACUGGGGCUUCAACUCCCCCAGACCUUUCAAGAGGCCGAGGAGCUGGGGCAAGGCCGCCCCUUUAAAUCGUGGAUUCACCACUGGAACCUUCACCGUUUCCCUCAGCCGCCGCCUCCUCCACGCGACGAGCAUGACGAGGACUCGUUGAUGCAAAAGUCCUAAGCCCCGCACAUGAGUAUGUGUGGGCGGGAGGCUUAGGGGGUGCAAGACUUUGGUGGUGUGUCACUUCAGGGCAGCAUUCCAUUUAUAAUGUAGGCUACUGUUUACUUUUGUAAUAAUUAACUUCAUUACAUGAGAUUCAUGUUCUAAACUUGACAUCAAUGAACAAAUAGAAUAUAGGUACAAAGAAGCUUGAUGCGAGGAUUAUAACAACUACCCUACUACAACAUGAAACUGUUCUCUGUCAUGGAGAGACUGAGACUGUAGAAAUUAUUGCAAAUAAUGGGAAUGCAUUGGAGCAAAAGGAAUAAAUAAAUAAAUGUGUUGCUGACAGCGUAUAUGCUAUAUGGUACCCAAUCAUUCUUUUCACUCACAACGGUAACUGUUUUGUUUAUCCUUUGUUACCAUAGCGUAAUUUUUUUAAUGAUUUUUAUUAACUUAUGAUUAUUAUAUCUAUCAAAAUACUGAGUGGCAAGGUUGUGGAAUGUCAGAGACUGCCAUAGGGUCAAUACCGUGUGAUGCCACUUGCGUGGUAUAGUGGUAGGCCUAUCUGAAGUAGUAUAGUUAUCAAUAUGAGCAUGCAAAUCAAGAUAGACGGAUAAUACCUUAAUUUACAAUUAACCUUUGAAUGAUCAGGGAACUUCACAGUCUGAAUUAAAGUAGGUCUGAAGAUGAAAAUGACAAAAACAAGGUAUUGUUUGAUAAUUGUAAUCAUAGCCGGGAAUGGAACCCUUGAGAGAGUAUAAAAUUACACAUACCAACCGUAGGACAAACGUCAGCGCAAUAAUAAAAUAAUAAAAACAUGAACAAAGAAAUCACAAAGAAUAUUGUUCUGCUGGAAGCUUCUCCCGGGAUCUAUGGGCCGUUUUCACAGAAGUUUUGUUUGUUUUGAUCGUUACCAAUGGCGUCGAUCGCCGCUAUAGUAUUUCCACAUAAAACUGGCCGAUAGGAUAGUGGCGACUGCGGGGUUAGCCUAGCCCCACACCUUACCACACACUCUCAACACCUCCCGCUUCCUUUGCAGCCGCCACUAACCCAUAAGUUUCACGUGGAAAACUAUAGCGUCGAUUGCCGCCAUUGGUAACGAUCGAAACAAACAAAACGACUGUGAAAGCGGCCCUAUGGGCCUCUGCUGGAAGACUCCAGGAGGAGCGAGCAGGGCAGCGGGGAGCAAUGACUCCGCCCGCGCCCCGCGGGGCACAUCCAGGCGCCAGGCGGGAAGUGUUGCCAACUCGCCCAGAUUUUUACUACAUGUUCAUUCUUGUAUGAUUGAAUAUACUGUAAUGUUCUAGACUGUACUGUUCGCUAUAUAUAUAGGAGAAGAGGGCGAGCCGGGUGGCACUUCCGCAGCGGCGAGGUUGACCCGCCUGGUCAUCCUCGCUUUGGGCUCCCCAGCUGCGGUCAAGUUGACUGGUCGGUUGCUAGCCCGUGUACUGCUACGGGCUGCUACUAGGCGCCUGCCCGGGGGGCCCGUGCCUCCGUCGCUGCUCGACGGCUGUUACUCGUGUCUGUGGCGGCGGCGGAGGCGUCCCCACCCCCGUCACGAGUUUUUAAUUGCUCGUUCCCCCUUACAGAGCCGCCUUUAGGCCAAAGGCCCUGUCCCCUAUUAAGGGAUAAAUCUUUAAAAGAGAGAAGUCAGUCACAGUCAGUGAAGAGUCAGAGUGAAUUGUACUAAGGAGGAAUAUUAAAUUACAGAAGCUGUGCAA